AAUCCCUGCUGAAACUGCAACAAAACCUCCUUUUGGCGACUUGGCCAGAAUUUUUGGGGCACAGACCCGAGCAAUCGGCAUGUGCUGUUCUCCGAACGUGAUUAAGAAAAAAUUUCAUGACAUUGCGUUUCAACUGAAGGAGCGAGAGAAAACCCUCGACCAUCGCUGUAUUUCUGUCAUCCACCAACUAGUAGAAAGCGAGAAGAAGAACCAGCCAGGACAAGCACUAGACACUGCGACUCAGAUACUGCAACUCAGACAUCUUCACCAUGAACAAAUUUGAACUCGACUCCACUAGUGAAAUAGCCAGACAGCUCAAUGAUAUUAUCAUUGAAAAGGCAAAAAGCCUAAAUAUCACUGAUUCCAAAGAUUUGGCUGAUUAUAUUAUAAUCCUCAUUUCAAACAAAAAAAGCGUUGAAGAGAUCUUUGAAGACUUGACCAGUAUAUUUGCUGACGAAAUAGAUAUUAGUUUUGUUCGCAACAUAUUCGAUUCGCUUGACUCCUUGGUGAAUAAAAAGAGUCCGAACCAAAACCAACUAAAUCAAAAUGUCCAGCAGCAGCAACAACAGCAGCAGCAGCAACAGGUUCCAGAGCAGCCUAUUAACAAUCCCUUCCACCAAUCAAACCAAUUACAAGCCGAUAACCAAAAACAAAGUGAAGAUAUUGAUAUUGAGUCUCAAGAAAUUGGUAAUUCUCCAACUGUUUUUAAAAAUGAUAACCAAAAUAACCAUCAAAACGACCAUCAAAACAACAAUCAAAACAACAAUAUAAACCCAAACAACAAAUCGUUGCCUUCAAUUCCACUUUUUGUCAAUAUCCCAACCGCUCCCAAGAAGGAUCGUUAUAAUAACCAUGGGUCUAUUAACCGUCGUAAUAAUAGAGGAAACACUGGAAUAAAUAAAAACUAUGGCCAUCCUCGAUAUAACAAUCGUAACAAUUACAAUAAUAAAAGACUCAACUCUAACAACACGAAUAAUAUUAGUAAGGUGUUAUCACUAGUGGCACAAAAUGGUUCUGAUAUCUUAAACACAACUUCUUCAGCACCAUCUAAUAACCCAAGUAAUAUUAACCCCAAUAAUAUAAAUAACGACUUAAAUAACAUCAACAACAUUAACAAUAAUCAUAAUAGCAAAAAGAAAGGGCGUUGUCGUAACUUUCCUCAUUGCAAUUAUAAAGAUUGCAUGUUUGCUCAUCCAACUAAAUUCUGCUUUGCCUUCCCAAACUGUCCGAACCCUCCUGGUUCUUGUAACUAUUUGCAUCCAGGAGAAGAUGAUAAAUUAAUACAAGAGUUUGAAAAAACAAAGAAAGAAUCAUUUGAAAAAAAGAAAUUGAAUCAAAAUCUCAACAAUAACAAUAACAAUCCUCUACUUCCCAAUGGAAUUGCUAACCCAAACAAUCCUUUUGCUCCUAUACUAAUGAAUCCUGCAGCCACAGCUGCCUUAUUCCAAAAGUUUCCUCCAGCCAAUGCCAAUGAAGCACUCAAUGCUUUGAAUGGAUUGAACACAAUAUUAGACGAAGAAAGGUCUCUCGAUGCUUGCAAGUUUGGUUCGUCAUGUCUUAAUCCUCGUUGUAGAUUCAGACACGCCUCUACCCCUGUUGUCUGUAGAGAUGGUUUGGAUUGUAAAAGAAUUGAUUGCUACUUUACUCAUCCAAUCAAUCUGGACUGUCGUUUUGGUAUCAACUGUAAAAACAAGUUUUGUCUUUUCAAGCAUCCUGAAGGCAGAGAUGAUUUGGUUAACAAGCCUUUGGUCUGGAGAAAGGAUGAUCACAACAGUUCAACUCCAAAUGCUGCAACUACUAAGAUUAGCGAAAGAAGCUUUGCUGUUGCUGACGACGAAGUUAUGGAAGAUGCUCCUCCUCAAACUGCCUAGGCAGUGCUCUGGCGUAGAUUUAUCUAUAGUAUGAAUUCAAUUACUUUCUCGUUAUCUUUUCUUUUGCAUCUCUGACUGUUUCCAACAUCAACAGCUGGGACGUCCUCCCACUUGCCUUUGUUGUUUGUAUAUUCACUAGUUUCUACUGAUUUUUCACCCUCUGCUUCUCUUAUACCACUGAUUUAACAAAAUGUACUUAAAUUCUCUCUUCGAGUCCCU